GGCGCACGAAACGUGUUCGCCUCGUUGCAGCGUUUUUUUUUUCCUUCUUCCUCUCCGAUUUGUGACUGGUAUAAGAGUGUUGGGUAUUCGAUUUAUUGGUGCUAGGAAAGCAGAGGAUUUGAAGACAUCCGUAGAGAAGGAGAGAAAGACUAUCUAUUGCAGACUAUUUGACGCUGACGCCCACGACGACGAAACAACAGACGAUGGACUCGCCGUUCUCACUAACGACAGCCAGCACUUCGACGCUCAUCAUCCACAUCCCCGAUCCUAACACCACUGACGAGAAAGAAAUCCGUAUAUCAGCUGAACCCGACUCAACCGCCCACAACCCCGAAACCAACGAUACACCCACUAACCCCACCCGAAACCACCUAAACCUCUCCAUCGCUCCUCCACCUCCCCCUUCCUCCCUCCCAAACCCCUUUAACAACGUCGCCUCAGCCCGCAAAGGACCACCCCUCCAAAUCGCCACCGCCCCUCAUACAAGUCAAUCAGCCAAGAUGAGCGGACGGGGCUUUGUGGAACCGCACCAUAGCCAUUUACCGCGUCGCACAAGGAUGAGGGUCGUCAGUCGGAGUAGGAGCAGAAGGCGAAGUAGGAGUAGCAGCAGCAGUAGUUGGGCGCGAAGUUCUCGCAGUCGGACGAGGAUGGAGGUCGGCAAGGUGGACGAGGCGCAGGAGAGUCCCCAGCCCCAGCCUUCGACGCAGGACGAGAACCCGCAUCAUGCCCCGGCUCCAGAGGAACCUGAAGCCGACGACGACGACGACGCAGAAACCGACUUCGAUUCCAACAAAACCGAAGACGGAUUCCUCCACGAAACCGAGAGCGUCCACCGCGCAAACGCACAAAAAGAACUCCUCAGCGCGCUCGAAAGGGGGAAGAUGCGGCCGAGCUAUGCGUACACCCUCGAGCGCCUGCUCGGUCCUUCGUUCAACGCUCCAAGGACACCACAACUCGAGUCUAAUCCUCUUCUUGCAUCGAUGACUAUCCCUGAACCUCAAGCCACGCCUGGUGCAGGACCGUUGACGAAGGAUAGCACGACCUCGCAGCAUCUGCAGCCGCAUGUCGGCAACCUCCCCAGACGCAGGAAGACGAUCCAGGCUUCGUAUAAACGGGCGUACAUCGAUCGCCGGACGCCGAGGAGUGUCUCGCAGGGAGUGAGCACACUCCGACGUAGCCUAUCCAACGACGACUAUAACGACGACGAGGGACUUGGGGGUAGGGAGGAGGAAGUUAGAGGCCGUGAUAGACGUGGGUUUUCCUUAGAGAGGAUUGGGAGUUUGCGUGAAGAUGGAGGGGAGGAUGGAUUAGCGAAUGGAUAUGGACAUCCACAUCCAAGGUUGGACAGUAGUCGCCCGCCGCGGUCUGUUCCUCCUGGCUAUCGGUCGACAUCGGUUUCGGUCUCGAAGAGGGUCGAUCAGCGUGAACCCUUGCGCGAGAGGAUGAAGCUGCAAGAGGUCGGGAGGGGCGUAUGGAUUGGGGUGUGUGAUGAAGAUAUCCGGUUGCGGUGUCGAAAGGGUAAUACUGAGGAGGAGAAAGGUGGAGAUGGAAAUGAGGAGGAAUGGAGAGGGCGGAAAGGAUGGGAUGGAGGGUCGGUUUCGCAGAAUGCCACGACGAACAUCUGGGAGGACGUCGAACGGGAAAUCGACACCCUUUCUCACUCAACACACCCGACGAAGAAAAGGAGGAGGAUACGCGGCAUACUCACGAUAGACGAAACCGACUCUCUAUCUUCCUCGCCAACAGCGUCGUCACCGGCGCUAUCAUCGUCCAAACCCCCACCUCCACCUCCCAACGGCUCACUACAAAACUUAUGUCUUACGGUGCCCUCCCUUUCAUCGCUCGCGUCCAAACGCAAAGGGGGUGAACCAAUUGAGAUUGCGAGGGGCUGUACACGGCUGUCGGUUGAGCAGAUGAAGGAGGGGUGUAAGUUUAUGGGUGUGGUGUUGUCGUCACGGUCAGUGUCUGGGGAUGUACGAGAGCGGGAAGGAAGAGGAGGAGAGGACUCGGAAGAGCCCAUUACGCUACUCCUUGCGUCUAACGAGGAGUGUAUGGUGGACGUUAUGUCGAUGGCGUUGUGUUAUCUGGUUGUGCAGGAGAUUGGGGGCGGUGCUGGAGGGUGUUCUGGACUGGGUAGAGAAGGAGGUGAGGAUGGGGAGAGUGAGGUCGUGGAGGAGAGAGUCGUGGGGGAGGAAGAACGUAUGGUGGAAUCUCAGCCUGCGCCUCCUGGUGAGAACGCUCCUGGGUCCGACGCCCUGGAUCCCCCGACCACCACAGCUCGACUAAACCUCGACCCCACUUCUCCUUCGGUUCUCUCGCCCUGUGCGACGGUUCGGCCUUCAGUUGGUGUUGAGGAGGAUUUGUCUCGGGUGGAGGGUAAGGUGGUGCAUUCAGCGGAGGGUGGCGAUGAGCGUGGGCUGAAGGACGAGCAUUGGGAUGGCGGAAUGAAAGAUAGGGGUGAGAGGCGGGUUGAAGGUCACGGAGGGCCGGAGGUUGCGCAGGAAGGUUCGAGAGACGAGGCUGACAAUUCUCGGGUGGAUGUCGAACCUCUUCGUCCAGUUGGCAGCCUGGAAGGAAACACGACUUCGGCGGACGACUCGACUGCGCCAACUGCGAUGGACGAGUCAGCUACAUCGACGACGACCGAGGACCACUCGACUACGCUACCCCGUUUCGAAGGCGAGGACGAGGAGGGGUAUACGCCGGUUCAUCGUUUAAUGUGGAAGUUGCAUGAUGAGUACGAGGUGCGGGUUAUUCGGCCUGUCAAACCCCUGGCUGAAGGGGAAGAUGAGGAGGUGGAUGUUGUUGGUCUGGAUGGGGAGGCAGGAGACGAGAAGGGGGGAGCACAGGUGUAUAUGAACGGAAUCUUCACACCUCCCCAACUUAACACCGCCAAAUUCUCGAAUUCGAAACCUGUCUCGAAAUUGGGUCAACCCGAUUUUCAGUCCUCUGAACCUCGACCUAGCCAGCCCGGUCCCGAGGUACCUCGAGAACCGGUACCGCGAAAUCCGGAUCUGCAGUCGCGCCAGUUCCUGCCGAGUACGAGUGUGUUUUGCACGUCGACUCGGAUUGUGCGGGUGAGGUUGAGGGAGGAGUGGAGGGGGUUGGUGGGGUAUGAGGGGGGUGUCAGGGUUUGGGAGGGGGUGAGGGGAUUCGCUGAGAUAUGA